CAGACCUCAGCCUGGUAGCGUUGGUACUGGCGGCUUGCACCGACGUUGCCCUCUCCCUUUUAAAAACAAAAUAGCAGCGGAUCUAAGCGUGGAUCUGUUUCAAAUGCUCUUUGAAUUGGUGGUGAGACAUCCCGAAAGCCAAAGGGCCUCACAAAUCCAGAUCUGAAAUACAGACAGCAGCUACACUAUUAAUUUAUUUUCCUUGAAACAUGACUACGAUCACCUCAGGACCGUCAGAACCCUCGUCAGAGGAUUUAAAUGUUAUGCCCCAUUGUAACCCUUGGGCAGAAGAUUAUAAAAAGCGUCUGACAGAGGCGAGAGAUGUAAGAGAUUCUUACACAAACAUGCUAGUUGGCCAAAGGUGCUCAUAAAGUCCGACGAUUAGAUGGGUUACCAAAUAGUCCUGUAAGGAAAAACAGAGAAAAUACUCCAGUUAAAGAUAAUUUUGAAUUAGAAAUACUUCAGAUACAAUACAAAGAACUUAAAGAAAAGCUGAAAGCAAUGGAAGAAGAAAUCCUAAUUAAAAAUGGAGAAAUUAAAAUUUUGCGUGACUCGCUGCAUCAGACAGAAUCCGUUCUAGAAGAACAGAAAAGAUCACAUUUCCUUCUUGAGCAAGAAAAGACUCAAGCACUCAGUGAAAAGGAAAAGGAGUUCUCCAAAAAGCUCCAGUCACUGCAGUCUGAACUCCAGUUUAAAGAUGCAGAAAUGAAUGAAUUACGGACAAGGCUUCAGAGCAACGAACGAACCAAUAAACCGGCUGCUUCCUCCGUUCCCCAUGUCAGUCCUAGGAAAGGUUCUUCUGUGGUUCUCAAGUCAGAAGCGUGUUCUCCACAUGUUGGAAAAACAACUUUCCCUACAAAGGAAUCUUUUAGUGCUGACACGCCUCUCUUCCACCCCUGUCAGACUGAGGCAGGACACACAUUUCUGGUGGGCCAAGAAGUUUCAGAUAAUAAAGCCCACAGUCUGGGAGGCAACCUCAUGAAGCAGGAUGUACAGCAGAAAAUUCUUGCUGACAGUUGGAUGCAGAGAAAAAGCACUCAAGGUUCUAUUUUGAUAAAUUUGCUCCUGAAGCAACCUUUGGUGCCAGGGUCAUCUCUAGGUCUUUGUCACCUUCUGAGCAGUUGUUCUGAGGUUCCUACAGGCUCCCUCUUACAGCCACCAGGGCUCAGUACUUUGCCUGGGACUUCAGGCCUCAGGACCAUCAGUUCUUCUGAUGGGCCAUUUUCCCCCUCUGCCCUGAGAGAAGCACAGAACUUGGCAUUCACUGGAUUAAAUCUGGUUGCCAGGACCGAGAGCUUACACGGUGAAGACGGAACAUGCAGAAGAGUCUUUCCGCUCUGCCAGCUUCCUGGAGCUGUGCAUCUCCUUCCUCUUGUACAGUUUUUCAUCGGCUUACACUGCCAGGCUCUGCAAGAGUUAGCCCCAGCUAAGAAGAGUGGUGCGCCUGGAGACUCGCCGACACACACCUCCUGCGUGAACUCUGGGGUAGAGGCUAGCCCAGAGGAUUUCAUUUAUAGCUUGGAAAGUUUUUCUGUGGCUUCACUUAGCGUCCUUCAGCAUCUGGUGUGCCACAGUGAGGCGGUUGUCUGCCUGUUACUGUCAGACGUGGGCACAGAAGCUGCUGCCAAGGAAGGAGACUUAAUGCAGACUUGUGCGGAUACAGUCCCAGCCUCCAGGGUGCAUGCUUGUGACCAAACCCAGCAUCCACUGUUGAAGAUGCUUCUCCAGCUGAUGGCUUUCUCUACAACAUCAGGUCAUUUUCAAGCCAGUAUCCUGGGCCAGUGCCUCAAAGUUUUGGUGAAAUUAGCUGAAAACGCUUCCUCUGAUUUCUUGCCCAGGUUCUCCUGUGUGUUCCCGAUGUUGCCACAGUGCCUCGGCUCAGAGCUGCCACUGUCAUGUGUGCUCCUGGCUGUUAAGCUGCUCUCCGUUCUGGUGGACCACGACAGCCUAGCACAACAGCUGUGCUCCCACUCAGAAGGCUGCCUGCUCCUGAGGCUGUACAUGUACAUCACAUCACGGCCUGACAGAACGGCCUCAGAGACACAGUGGCUUCAGCUGGAACAGGAGGUAGUAUGGCUCUUGGCCAAGCUGAGUGUGCAGAGCCCUUCCCCGGCUGCCAUCGGUUCUGACUGUCAGUGCAGUGUAGAGGCAGUCAGAGCGCUCACUGUGAUGUUGCACCGGCAAUGGCUGACUGUGCGGCGGACAGGGGGUCCAAGGACCCAGCAGCAGAAGCAGACAAUACGCUGUCUGCGGGACACUGUGUUGCUGCUGCACAGCCUAUCUCAGAAGGACAAGCUCUUCACAGUGCACUGUGUCGAGGUCCUGCAUCAGUAUGACCAGGUGAUGCCAGGGGUCAGCAUGCUCAUUCGAGCCCUUCCUGAUGUGACUGACUGUGAAGGUAAGCUGUCAGGAGACUGUCCUAGCUUCCCUGUGCCUCUGCCUGAGGCUCACAAACAAGUCAGACUCCUUUGUGGACUUCCGUGAGUCUCCCUUGCCUCUGGAGCCAUUCCCGGCUCCAUGGGCUAGCGUUCCCGUCCUGCUCCGGGUCUCUGAGUGCUCGGCUCCCAUCUGACUGAGUCUAUUGAACUGGCCUAGCUGAGCCGUGGCUUUUCCACAAAGAUCUGUCCGAAUUGCUUUUGUAUCCCUUUUGCCCACAGUAGCUGAGGGAGCAAAGCCUGUGCAUGGAAGGGACUGGUUAGUUCCUGUGACGCUAGGGAGGAGGGCUAGGCCUCCACGCCCUAGCACCGUUGGUAACCUCAGAACCCUCUUCCUUUUGGCUCAGAGGCUGCCCUGGAUGACCUCUGUGCUGCAGAGACCGAUUUGGAAGACUCUGAGAUGGACUGUAGCUGAGGGUCUGAGCAUCCAGCCACAAGGUGGCACCAGCUUCCACCGAUGUCUUUGCCUUAUCCACUGAUUAAAACUGCACUUCCUGCUGAGAACACAA